GCUUUGCAUUUAGAAUUCACUCCACCAUUCGAUUCCUAUAUCAACACUACAAUUCCGACGUUUCAGUAGCAGCGUCCGUUUGUUUCCAUUCGCUAGUGUAUUCUAUUUUGUUAUUUCUUUCUAUUUUCUAGACUUGUCUUAGUUUUCACUCUUUUCCGCAAGUAAUUGUGGUGAUUUUGCUACUUUCAUGAAUACUUCAAAUCUUAGACGUUUACUAGUAAACCCUUGCCGGGUGGUGUCUGGAAUCCAACCUACAGGAAUCCCUCAUAUAGGCAACUAUCUAGGAUCACUCCGCCAGUGGGUCGACAUUCAAAACUCCAUUCCGUCUUCUUCUUCUUCUCAAUGUUUCUUCUUUAUCGCUGAUUUACAUGCAUUAACCGUUCCUCAAAUUCCUCAUGAUCUCUAUCAAAGGCGUAUCGAUAUGCUGGCGAUUCUGCUCUCCAUUGGCAUCGAUCCACUAAGAUCUACACUGUUUUUCCAAUCCGAAGUUCCCUAUCACACCGAACUGAACUGGCUUAUGGGUUGUCAUACCCCAAUGGGUCAUUUAAAUCGAAUGACCCAGUGGAAGUCUAAACUUCAGCUCCAAGAAAUGGACGCUGUUACGUUUUUUAACACAAGUCUUGCUUCUUCUGGUCAAUUCAAUCUGGGCCUGUUUUCAUAUCCAGUCCUCCAGGCAGCAGACAUUCUACUCUAUGGAGCUACUCACAUACCCGUCGGAAAGGAUCAGACUCAGCAUAUAGAACUUACACGUACUAUUGCUCGUAAAAUCAAUUCUACUUACAAAAAAGAUCUUUUCACAAUUCCUGACAUUAUUCUAAAUUCAUCAAGUUCAAUUAUGGCAUUGAAACAACCCAACAAAAAAAUGUCCAAAUCCGACCAAAAUUCAAAAAAUUAUAUCCUUUUAACUGAUUCUGAACAGGACAUUAGGAAAAAGAUCGCAGGUGCUGCUACAGAUAAUAUUGAAGGUAUUACCUAUGGAGAUGUAAAUCGACCUGCAAUUAAUAAUUUAAUAAACAUAACGGCUGCUAUUACGGAUUCAAGCCCCAUCGCAAUAGCCGAAAAGUUUAAGCACUCAAAACACUCCGAAUUUAAGUCUUCCAUAGCUGAUAUCGUUGUUGGUAGUCUUUCUCCUUUUACAAAGUCAUACCAGCAAUGGAAAGCAAACCCAACCGAACUUCAAGCAAUUGCGGCAGAUGGAGCGAAAAAAGCAACUGACCAAGCAUAUCCAUUUGUAAAGAAUUUUAAAAAUACAUUAGGUCUAGGGGUUUAAUUCUGAUUUACCCGUUCAUUUUCCAUACGUGUGAAAGUAAAUUUUUUUGUCCCUCGGUUAAAUCUCCAAGGAUUGACAGUGUUUUUUCCUCACUUCGAACAAUCGAGUUUACAAUCAGACAAGUGUUAAAUGUCGCCCUUCGAAUUUCCGCGUCAGGGUGCUCAAUAUACUUAAUGACAACUUCUCUUAUUAACCGUUCCAUCAACGGAUGUGUAAAAUCAUUAAACCGCUUGAUAAAUUCAGAAAAGAAUAGCAAACAUAGAGCUACCUUUUUUUCAGAUAUUUGCCUUUGAAGUAGCAUGUCAUGAAUAAAUAUCACUGAUUUUUCUGCUUUCCA